ACUAGAUACAGAGAGAGGGGGAGUGUGUGUACGAGUGAGUGAGUUGGCAGACGACAAUUUGGGAAAGCCAAGCUAACCAAAAGCAUAAAAUCGAAUUGAAAAAAAAAUAAUUUCAGUAAAUGAAGAAUAUAUUUCAUCAAAGAUGGUAGUUUUCUUUAUCUGAGGGACAGAUGUAGUAGCAGCGAUUAAAGGAUUUACCUUUUUUUUUAAAUCCGGUCACACUUGACAGAGGAUCUACUUAACCAAAUCAUGAACAAGUGCAAUAAAUGUGGAAAACCAGUUUAUUUUGCUGAGCGGAAAACUUCUCUUGGGAAAGAAUGGCACCCAAGAUGUCUACGUUGUGACCAAUGUGAUAAAGUUUUAGCACCAGGUCAACAUGCUGAACACAAAGGUCUUCCUUACUGCAAUCAAUGUUACCAGGCAUUGUAUGGCCCUCAGAUGUGCGGAUAUGGCUCAAACGUGUUUUCUCAAGCAAAUUAUCGGAAAAAGUUAACAAUACCUAUCAGAAAACAUGGAACUAAGGAUCCUCCUACUUUACGCAAAAGCCAUCGCAGUGUCAAGGAAUCCAUUCUGCUGUGGGACAGUGGUAAUGUGGUGGCUGUUUCACUCAGCGAAGAUGAAGAGGAUGAAGAUGACCUUUAUGACAGUGAGACUCUGAAGCCAGGCAUGAGCCAGCAGUAUUGUUUUAGCACUGCGUCUGCUUCUAUGACCCUACCUGUUAAACAUUCUAGCCAAACUUCUUUAAAUAAUGGUUGUGACACUAAUUUACUAAAAAACGAACAUUCCCUGUUACCAAUGAAUAAUGGAGGUCCCCCCUCUUCAUUGUCUCGGACAACAAUCCCUUCCCCAAAUAAUCAUUCUGAAACAUCAUCAACUCUAAAUCAUUCACCAAUUGGCCAUAGAACUUUAACAUCACCAGACACACACAACGCAAUAUCUUCAUCAAAGAAAAACAAUUCAUUAUCAUUUCCAAUACGGAAAAGCUAUAGUUUUUCACCAAAUGGACAUCGUUCAAUAUAUUCUAACCCAGCUUUUCAAACAUUGCCUGUACCGGCGGAUUUCGGCUAUCAUUCAUCACAAGAUGCAUUUGGAACUUUAACAUCUUCCGUGAGUGUAGGAACACUCACUUCACCCAUCAGUUAUGCAAAUUUAUCCAAAAUAUUUGAAAAUUCCCCAACUCAUUCAUUAAAGCAAACAGAUGACACUUGCAGACAAGAUAUAUUGGAAAAAUUCCAGUUGUACAAUGCUUUCUAUGAAGGCAAACGAGGCUGCUUAAGUAUGGAUCAAGUAAAUGGUGUUGAUGUUUUAGAAGGUCCGUUACGGAUAUAUUGGCAAGUUACUAUACCAAUACAGUUAAAACAUUGUGAUGACGUCCCUGUACCACCAAUUGCAUCAUGGAGACACAGCUAUUAUGCUACUCCAACUGGUAAUGGCCUUAAUGUUGAUGCUGAAGAACCACAGCUAUUUGGUUUAUUUGAUGACAUUUACGAUGACGACGAUGAAGAUUAUGAUGAUAAUGAUUUUUCUGAUUCAAAGUCUGACUCUAUGCUACUAAGUUUACGUGUUAACUCUACUGAGUAUGACUUUGAGUAUGAGGCAGAACAAUCUCCACAACCAACUCUCCCCAAAUAUGGCAUGGAUGACAGUGUAAUCGUACCUAAUUUAGAUGGUGUUGUCCGACGUCGAAAUAUUCGCAAAUCCAACACAGUUGCCUACAGAGCUGACCGACCAAGCAAGUGGAAACGAGCUUCUAUAAACGGACAUAUUUACAAUUAUGAUACUCGUGUUUUCACUCCAGUGAUUGGCAGCUGUACUAGUGUUACAGUGAACAGCACAAUGACUGUACCACUGGUUAUAAAAACAUUGCUUGAGAAAUUCAAGGUGGAGAAUGAUGCUGAUGAAUUUUCUCUCUAUGUUGUCACGGAAGCUGAGGGGGAAAGGGAAAUUGGAAUUGGUGAGAUCCCUUUGGAAGUACGUCUGAGACUGGGUGCUGAUGAAACAAAUGCCAAAAUCUUUAUACGGGAGAAAGAUUAUGUGGGCUCAGUUGUCGUUCCUGAAGAAGUUGAACCAAUAGAAGAGAAGACCUGUUAUUUACCAACUGAAGCCCAGCAUACUCUGGAAGCUGUAACUAAAGGAUCUUUUGAAAUGAAUAUCGUAGAGCAAUUAAUAGCCUUACCUGAAGCUGUAUUAAAAGGUUUACUACAGAAAUUUUUUGAUGAUGAAGAAAAAGAUGUAGAGAAAAUCAAGGAUAAGUACAUAAAGGCACGGACUGUGAUAAAAAAUUAUCUAGCUGAUAUCAAACCCGUUUCUGAACUAUAAUACCUCUUUAUUUUGUCUUCCUGUGGCUGUUACAAAGAAAUGCCCACUGCAUCUAUCUUUUGGUCAUUUCUCACCACAUGUACCAUACAUCCAUUGCUGACUCAGGCAAAGCAAUGUCUUGUUCAAGACAUUGCCUAAACAUUGAUAAAUUGGUUGUGAAAUCUAUAUUAAAAAGAUGCAGCAGCUGCAACUAAUUGCAAUCUCCUGUCAAAGACAACAAAUGACUGUGAUCAAGGUAAAAAUAUUCACAAGGUAUUAAUAAUCCAUUAAGAACGAAGCCUCUUAAAUCUCUGCCUUAUUACAUAAAAAUCAAAACUUCAAUUAGGAGCAGUAAAUAAGGUAGACUCAUUGAAGGUAAACUGCUGAGAUGUUUGUUUAUAAAAACAUUUAUGUUAAAGUACUCAUUAGAGCAUAUCAUUGACUUAAUUAAUUGCUCACUGAAAUGAAAUUUGUCUUGAUUAGCUGAAAAUUUUCAAUUACAUUUUCAUUUCAUUAUAAAGCACAUCAUCUCAAUAUUCCACACACAAGUGACAUAGAUAUCCAAUAUCUAUCAUAAUAUUAUUCAAUAUUUAAAAAAAAAAUUUUCUUUUUCUCUUGCACAAUCAUAACAAACAGACUGGGCCAGGUUUCUUCCCAUCAUUAACAUCUCACACAGCCUUUUCUCAUUUUUUAAAGAGAAAGUGUUCCUUAUGCAAAUAGUUACCCACCCUCCAUCAAAUGCCAAUAAAAUUCAGUAUUGCAAACAGAUUAAUAACAUAACAACACAAUGCCUCUGUCUCUUGUUCAUAAUACUAGCACUUAUUUCUUGAAAAACCACCCUAUCCCCCUCCUUCUGAACAGUGUUUCUUUUGAACUACACCUCUAAGCUCAAAUCCUCACAUCACAUCAUAUUUCUGAAGUCAACAAUUUUUUUUCUCCACUAACCAUAAUGUUUUUUUUUUGUUGUUUUUUUUUUUAAUAACUCUAACAUAUUUGAACUGCUAAUAGUGAAAUUGGUCUUAUUCUACAUUGGACUGUGUCGACUAUCUGAGCCCAAACACUCUAGGAAUAUAACUCAUUUUAAUGGAUUACAAUGAAAUUCAAGAGGUUUACCUUGUUCUCUGAGGCAAAGGAUUCAAAGGGACUGCAACCCCCACACCCCCCAAAAAACUGAUCUUUUCUUUUUUUUUUCAUCUGGCUGGGAGAAAUAUUUUGUUGAACUAAUCUAUCAGCCGACCAUCUUUAAAAAAACAACUUUUUAAAUGACAAUAUCAAAUCCCUCCCUAAAAUAAAUGUAGAAAUCCAGU